CUUAAUACCACGGUAUCAUUAUUUUAGAGAAUGGUGCCCUAAAAUAUAAUUGGACCUUUAUUUGUCAUUUACGUUUCUAUUUAUAACUGUUAUUUGGCUGAGAGAGAAAGAGAGAGAGAGAGAGAGAGAGAGAGAGAGAGAGAGAGAGAGAGAGAGAGAGAGAGAGAGAGAGAGAGAGAGAGCAGUGCUCGGGAUUAUCAUUAGACGCGUUCUGAACAUUGGAUUGGGAUUAAAGCAUCGUGCCAGUUCAGGCUGCGCGCGCAACACUUUCCUUUUGCGAACGGACCCAUAUGGUCCCAGGGACACCAUCCCGGAUUUAAUUGGACCGGUGUGUGGACAUGUCUGGCGUUCCCCAGCUCGUCAAAAUCGGCAUUUCGCUGAAGAUGCUUCCUAACAACACUGCCGUCUACUUCAAAUCCGACGGAGCCCGAUUCGGGCAAACCCGAACCAUCAAGCUGCUCACCGGCUCCAAGUACAAAAUCGAGGUGGUGGUAAAACCCGGAGCGGUAGAGGCCACGUCGAUGAGCUUGGGGGGAGUCACCUUUGCCCUGGAGCGGCAAUCCAAGGACCCUCAGUCAGUGGACACUGGCCUGUAUGACACAGAGGGCGUGGCGCACACCAAGAGCGGCGAGAGGCAGCCGCUUCAGAUCAGCAUUGAGUUCACCGAGGCGGGCACAUUUGAGACGGUGUGGCAGGUGAAAUACUACAACUACAACAAACGGGACCACUGCCAGUGGGGCAACAGCUUCAACAGCAUCGAGUACGAGUGCAAACCCAACGACACGCGCACACUCAUGUGGGUCAACAAAGAGACCUUUAUUUGACACGUACUUGUUUGUCUUGGUACAUUUUGGAAAUAUCAAAUUGAAAACAUUUACAUCUUGAUUUUUAAUGUAAACAUCGAUCUUAAAAAGUACAGUAAACUGUUGUGUGGGGGUUUGUGAAUUGUUGACUUUGGCAACAGCAUGAGUAUUUUUAUAAAUGGUAAA